AUGUCUUCUCCUCGGCCGACCCAUCGCUCACGACAGCGGCGAGAUCCCCCAUCAUGUCAGAUGUGCCGCGUCAAGAAAUUGAAAUGCGAUCGACAGCGACCUUGUUCGAAUUGCAAAACUCGACGACUUUCUUGCAAUUACAGUCGAGAGCUACCAGUUACACCGAUGCCGGUAGCAGCCGACAACUACGACAGUGAUUUGCAAGCCCAGAAUCAGGCGUUGAGAGCUCGAGUUCUUCGACUGGAGAAGGCUGUGUUUGGAGAUGGCUCUGCAGAAGAUGUAGCGCCGAGACAAGCUGCAACGGAUAGUUUAUCGACUUUAUCGGAUCAAGGACGGUCCCACCAGAGCAUCAUCGGCGCUCAUCGGCGGCCUAACAAUGUUGGCACAUGCAACGUGGAUGCUGUCUCCCCUAAUGUCUCCAACGAGCAGCUACAAGCAUGCCUACGUUCGGCCGACGAACUCGCCUUCGAUGCAGAGCAUCAACGCAAGGCAGAAGACAUUUCUCUUCCCACGCAUGAAGUCGUGGCUGCGUGCCUGGACUUGUUUGAAGUCCAUCUGGACGCUAUCCAAGCCGUCAUGCACCUUCCUAGCGUUCGAGAGAUGGUCGACAAAGUCUACGUGGCCCAGAGCGCUGGGCUUCCCUUGAGCCCAGGAUCUGUGGCUUUGAUAUUAGCCAUAUGUGCUUCUAUGGGUGCGUGGGAACUUGAAUGGGAUUUCCUGUUCUCUGACCCGUCAUUUGCCAUGAAAGCAUCAUCUUUUAUCACUCGAGAGGCUGUGUCCGCACUUGAGCAUGCUCGCAGAUCAUCCCAGAUCUCCGUCGAGGCGAUACAAGCAACUAUAUUGCUGACUUUCCAGUUCUGCCACUUCGAGGGGCUAUCUCCACAUACACGACUGUUACACUCUAGCGCUUUCACGAUGGCGCGCGAGCUUGGUCUACAUCGGGUUGAUGCUUCAUCGGAGCCCUCAGUCUCAGCACAGAGAGACAUAGUUGAGUUGGAAGUUGCAAGGAAAGUUUGGUGGCAUCUUGCCUGCACCGAUUGGCUCUUUGCUUACAAUGGCGGACCACAUGAGGGUGUCUACUCCAUUCAUCCACAGCACAUGGCGGUAAAGCUACCUCGAAAUAUAAAUCACGACGACCUCGCGAUUCGAGAUAUGGCGUUCACACGAUCUGACAAGGAGCCAACCAUCAUUUCUUUCCAUCUUCAACGCAUCAAGAUCGCAGUCGUCUGUCGUGAAGUUAUGGAUGAGAUCUGGAGCUCGCCUGUCAUGCCUGAUCCUGAGAAACUGGAUUACGAAAAGAUUGCAGCUCUGGACGCGAAGUUUCAAGAAAUCAUAAGCGGACUUCCACCCUUCCUUCAGCUCAACGCUGCAACAUACCCUCUCACAGACAGCCCUGAGACUUGGCGUAUGGCUGUUCAGCGAGCGACAAUCAAUCUCAUGGUACAUGCCCGCCGCUGCAAGCUUCAUUUGCCGUUCUUGAUUCACUACAAAUCCGAUCCCCGAUACAAGCUUUCCAGGGACAUAUGCCUCAAGUCUGCCCGCAAGGUGUUCAAAGUUCGAGAAAGAGUGGAAGCUGAGGAGACUCCACAAGGAUUUAUGGCUUUCCUCAACCUCGGUGGGCAACUAAGCCAUGUCUUCUACGCCUCCUUCGUACUGGUCAUGGACCUCUGCGUCAACAAGAACAGUAACAACGAGAACCAGGUUGCAGAAGUCUACGAUGCUAUCAAAGUGAUGCAAGAAGCGAAGACGUCUUCCAGGAUCGCAUCUACAUGCUAUGACUCUCUUAUGGAGAUCCUUCGGAAGCAUCAGGUGAACUUACCUUCCCUCGAGAUGGCAGUCGGGAAAAUCAACAGCAAAGGCCAGCAGCGGAUCCUGACCGAUUUUCACGACGACAAAUUUGGACACGUGCCGGAGCAUCAGAGCAGUUCUACUACCACAUACACUGACAGUGAUCUGGACAUGAUCAACGGGGUCGAUGCGUCAGGGGACAUAUGGCAGGACUAUCUGUUCAAUGGAUCUUCGCUUGAUCCACAGAACUGGGAAGCUGUUCUCAAUGAUCUAGGCAUGCAUAUUGUCUGA